GAAGACCCAUCAUCUCGCAUUCCCUUUACCUCUGCAAACUUCCAUUCACGUCACUCGUUUCACAACAUCGCCAUUCGUUUACACCCAACUAUUUCACCAUGCAGUUCUCAUCAAGUCUCGCCGCACUCGUUGCCAUCUCUGGCUUCACCUCAGCAGAGCCCAACGGCUGGUCCAAGACCAAAGAAGCAGACGACAGCCCCUCCAAGCUCGACGACUGCGGCUGCUGGCCGAUCUACCAGGCCAUGCUCAAGUGCCAAAAGCUCAAGUGGCCCAAGGAGGAAACAAGGGACUGUGUGUGCAUUCCGAACCCGGAUGGCUGGUACGGCUCCAUGGAUGGUUGCCGCACGUGUCUGAGCUCCAACUCUGACCACGAAUUCUUCGACAAUACGGCCAAGCUUGUCACUCAGCUAUUCGUCUCUUGCACCAACGCCGGUGGCGGCGUUACCAGCGAUGGAAAUAGUAUCUGCGCUAGCAACGCGUACCGCGAGGCCUGUGUAUCCUUGGGAACAAACGGAAAGCCCAGUUGGGCUAGUUUCGAGCAGGACGGUGUCAGUGGAAACGGGACUUAUGUGUUGGAUAUCAAGGAAUUCGGCGCCGACGAUGAUGAGUCUACGUCUACGACAAGCGCAAAGACAACUGCCAAGACGACCGCUACUGAUUCCACUGGUACUGAGACUACGACCGUGGCGGCUGCUGCUACUACUGGUACCACCGAGGCAUCGUCAGGCAGCGUUACUUCGGAUGCGACUUCGGGAACUGAGACUCCUGUUGCAUCGGCUACAACAGCGCCAAACUCGGGCAUGAGACUUGCUGGUCACGGAGCUGUUGGCAUGGGUCUGGUCGCUGUAGUUGGUGCUAUGUUGCUUUAGUCCAUACUGUGUAGUAUUCACACUCAAGAGUUGACUAUGCUGUUAAUAAUACCUUAAUACUAUACUUGAUUCCUACCAAA